AUGAAGUGUCGCGUGCGCUCCUCUUCGAAGCUCGACAUCACCUGGCACAAGGCCACCGAGGUGGUGCGCGCCUCUUCCCGCAUUAGCAUGCGCACGACGCCACUCAAGGACGGCGAGUACGAGGUCGUGCUGGAGCUGAAGGUGGGUGCCCGCUCUGAGAUCGCCGAGCCUGGCUACUGGUGUGAAGGAACGAAUUCGGGCGAGAGCCACGCCAACCUAGCGCUCAACAUCGAGCCAGAGCCAGAGCCGCCGGCGCCGCCCGCCAAGCCGCCGGUGUUCGUCGGCCCGCCGGCCAUCCGCUCCGAGCCGCCGAGGGCCGUGGUGAUGGAGGUCCGCGUGCGCUCCGAGCGCACCGUCACCGCCUCCUGGUGGCACGGCCAGCGCGCCGUGCGCCACUCCAACCGCACGCAGAUCACACAGCAGGAGAAGGCCAGCAUCUUCACGCUGAACCUGCGGAUACCGGAGCCGCGGCCGGAGGAUGCCGGGCUGUAUAAGUGCAGCGUCAAGAAUGAGGCCGGCGAGAUAAAUGCUAAUCUGACGCUCAACAUUGAAGUGGUGCCGGAGAUGCGUCAGCAGCCACGGGUGAUCGUGAUCCGGGAGCGUCGUGUCGUCAUCAUCGAGUCGCGCAUCACCUGCGUGAACCGGCCGAACGUGCAGUGGCUGCACCAAAUGCGGCAGGUCACCGGCGACUCCCGGCGCUCGGUCAUUGUCGAGCAGGUCUCCCAGGGCGAGUAUGCGGUCAAACUGGAGAUCAACGGUGCCUCGGCGGCUGACCGCGGCGAGUACCAGCUGGUGGCUCGCAACGAGAAGGGCGAGGUCAAGUCGCAGCCGGUCACUGUCUCUGAGGUCUUCGAGGAGGAGAAGCCCAAGCCAAAAGGCGAGCGACCCCAGUUCGCCGCCCAGCUAAAGCCGGUGACGGUCGAGGAGGGCCAGUCGGCGGACUUCGCGUGCAAGCUCGCCAAGCUGGACAUGUCUACGGAGAUCAUCUGGUACAGCCAGGCGGACGGCCUGGCGCCCACGUUCGCCAAGAAGCCGACCAUCGAGCAGGCGCCCGACGGCAAGCGACUGACGUUCGCGUGCCGCGUGCUGGCCGACCCCCGGCCGACGCUCUCUUGGUUCCGGGAUGGAGUACAGGUGCAGGACUCCGCCCGGCACAAGGCGAUGCCUAAACGUAAGUGA